ACAUCUGAUUCCGUCCCUGCGUGGGACUGUGGGAGUGCUGAUUAGGAAUCUCGGAUAAGCGAGUGGCCGCCCCUAUAUAUAGAGGUCGCAGAUCAGCGAUCACCUCGAAAGUUCAACGCAAACAAGGAAAUGGCCGAAGAACCCCAUCAUCUUCAAGAAGAGCACUUCGACGUCCUCACCAAGUCCGGUCUCAAGACUGGCAUUUCCAAGCCCAGGGGAGAUGUCCAUCGUGAUGGAGAUUACCAUCGAGCUGUUCAUGUGUGGAUUUUUGCCGAAAAUACUCAAGAACUGCUUGUCCAGCGACGUGCUGACUUCAAAGAUUCAUGGCCAGGGUUGUGGGAUAUCUCUAGUGCUGGUCACAUAUCUGCUGGUGAUUCAUCGCUUGUAUCAGCUCGGAGAGAACUUCAAGAAGAGCUAGGUGUAACCCUUCCAAAGGAUGCAUUUGAAAUGAUAUUCAUUUUUCUUCAGGAGUGUGUCAUAAAUGAUGGCAAAUUCAUAAACAAUGAAUUUAAUGAUGUAUACCUGGUCACAACUCUGGAUCCAAUCCCUCUGGAGGCCUUUACUCUUCAGGAAACAGAAGUCUCUGCUGUUAAAUACAUUUCUUAUGAGGAGUACAGAAGUGUACUUGCUAAAGAAGAUCCUGAAUAUGUCCCAUAUGAUGUAAAUGGACAAUAUGGUCAGCUUUUUGACAUUAUUGAACGGAGGUACAAAGAAAACCCAGUAGCACGCAGCUUGGCUCUACAGAAGCAACUUCGUCGUUUUUCUCCUGUUACACUCGACGCAGAGUUGACAGGGCUUAUGGAUGCAGACAGGGACUCUUUGGUUUUACUUGUCAAGGCUGCAAAAAUCAUGGAUGAAAUAUUUUCCCUACAGGUUUGGUGUAGUAAUCCAGUUCUAAGAGAUUGGCUGAAGGAGCAUGCUGAUGCAUCAGAAUUAGACAAGUUAAAAUGGAUGUAUUAUGUGAUUAAUAAGAGUCCAUGGUCUUGCCUUGAUGAGAAUGUGGCAUUUUUGACAACUGCAGAUUCGGCUAUAAAGUUGCGUCCUGAGGCCACAAGGCAAGUUACUGGGUGGAAGGGUCUUGAGUAUAGAGCUGCAUUUCCCGAGGUGAAACCACCUGGUGCAAACUUCUAUCCUCCUGACAUGGACAAAACGGAAUUUGAAUUAUGGAAGGGCAGUCUAACAGAGAAUCAACAAAAAGAUGCAACCGGCUUUUUUAAUGUUAUCAAAAGACAUAGUGAAUUUGGUCUAGAAUCCCCUCUUUCUAAUGAUACGGUUGAUAAAACAAAUCGUAUGGUCAGUUCCACCCAUGACCUGUACUUCGUUCCUUUCUGUCAAGAGUAUAAUCCUUUCCUCAAAAGAGCAGCUGAAUUAUUGCAUAAAGCUGGGGAUUUGACCAGCUCCCCUAGUUUGAAGAGAUUGCUGCAUAGCAAAGCCAGUGCUUUCCUUUCGAAUGAUUAUUAUGAGUCAGAUUUAGCCUGGAUGGAGUUGGACUCCAAGCUGGAUGUUACUAUUGGUCCCUAUGAGACAUAUGAAGAUGCGCUUUUUGGGUACAAGGCUACAUUUGAAGCAUUUAUUGGAGUUCGAGAUGACAAAGCAACAGCUCAAAUUAAACUCUUUGGUGAUAAUUUGAAGAUUCUGGAACAAAAUCUCCCAAUGGAAAGUGUGUACAAAUCUGAAGAUGUGAUUUCGGCUCCUAUUCGUGUCAUUCAGCUUCUUUAUAAUUCAGGGGAUGUGAAGGGCCCGCAAACUGUUGCUUUUAAUUUGCCAAAUGAUGAGCGUAUAGUAAAUGAUCGAGGAACAUCAAUGGUCAUGCUUAAGAAUGUUUCAGAGGCCAAGUUCAAGCAUAUUCUUCAGCCUAUAGCUGAUGUUUGUAUUACAAAGGAACAACAAGAACUUGUAGAUUUUGAAUCCUUCUUCACUCACACAAUUUGCCAUGAGUGCUGCCAUGGGAUCGGGCCCCAUACCAUAACACUUCCAAAUGGUCAAAAGUCUACAGUCAGAUUGGAACUGCAAGAACUCCACUCAGCUUUGGAAGAAGCAAAAGCUGAUAUAGUUGGCCUUUGGGCACUCCGGUUCCUAAUCGGCCAGGAUUUGCUUCCCAAGAGUUUGUUAAAGUCCAUGUAUGUUUCCUUCCUUGCUGGAUGCUUCCGGUCAGUACGAUUUGGCUUGCAUGAAGCUCAUGGGAAAGGACAAGCAGUACAGUUUAACUGGUUAUAUGACAAAGGAGCCUUCAUUUUUCAUCCUGAUGAAACGUUUUCUGUUGACUUUUCUAAGGUUGAAGGUGCAGUUGAAAGUCUGAGCAGGGAGAUCCUCACUAUACAGGCAAAAGGUGACAAAGAAGCUGCAAAUGUGCUUCUUCAGAAAUAUAGUAAAAUGACACAACCACUAAAGGUUGCUUUGCAGAAAUUAGAGGACAUUCAGGUUCCUGUGGACAUUGCUCCCAUAUUUCCUAUUGCCAACAAAAUAUUGGAGUGAAGGCACUGGACUUUCAACUGUGAUCCUUUCCAUCUAUCAAAGAGCAGUUUGUUUUAUUAAUCAUACAUUUUUAUUUUUAUUUUUGGAAGAGGCAUAAGAAUUAGUAUAAUAAUAUUUGUGACAAAUUUUUAAUAUAUCAAGUUUCAGCUA